AACGCACGAAACCUCAUUUCCCUCACGAAGUCCCCGCUGCUGUUCCAAAAUUUCACUCUCUCUCCCGCCCACCACCCGUCCCUUAUUUAAUCACCCCGCCUCCGCACUCAAUCUCACACCGCAAUCUUCAAUCUCCCCAGCAAUCCCUAGCAGAAGCCUUCCAUCCUCACUCGCUCGAUGGCCCGCACGAAGCAGACGGCGAGGAAGUCCACCGGCGGCAAGGCGCCGAGGAAGCAGCUGGCGACUAAGGCGGCCCGCAAGUCUGCCCCUGCGACCGGCGGAGUGAAGAAGCCCCACCGCUUCCGCCCCGGCACCGUCGCGCUCCGGGAGAUCCGCAAGUACCAGAAGAGCACGGAGCUGCUGAUCCGCAAGCUGCCGUUCCAGCGCCUGGUGCGGGAGAUCGCGCAGGACUUCAAGACCGACCUACGCUUCCAGAGCUCUGCUGUCUCCGCGCUGCAGGAGGCGGCUGAGGCCUACCUUGUCGGGCUCUUCGAGGACACCAACCUCUGCGCCAUCCACGCCAAGCGCGUCACCAUCAUGCCCAAGGACAUCCAGCUUGCCCGCCGCAUCCGCGGGGAGAGGGCCUAAGCGUCAUAUUUUCUGUCAUCAGUGCCCGAUCAGAAGAUGUAGAGAUAUGCUGGGUUCUGUAGUUUGGGUUACUGUCGAAUCAUCGAGUGUUGGCUGUUCACUGCUGUAACUUAAUUAUCAUGAUGCAUAUGAAAUGGCAAUGAACUCUGUUAUCAGUUCUCGAAUUU